UUGCUGGUAACAAAAUCAGAGACUUGGCAAAAGCUGUUGCAACACUAGAGCUUUUCGUUGAGUGCAUUUGCUUUUAACUGUUUUGGGGAUGCUCCUCUGUACAUACGUCAGUCUAAUUUCGGUGCCCAAAGGAAGGAAAGGGGGUGGAGAACAGCCACCAGUUUUCUUUAAGGAAAGAUAAAUAAAUAAGAGCGCUACUCAUCUCUUAAAAGCAGUUUACUUCCACGCAUCUUUCUUUGAUAGCUGCUGAAAAGUGUGUGAUGAUCUUACCCAAACCCUUCUAUGAUUCUGUGAUCUUGCCCAGCGGUGAGAGCGCCACAGUGGCUUUUUCCCUCUCUGCAAUAGUGCGGAUGCUGUAGGAUGUGAGGUGCUGGCACUUCGCUCUGCAACCUGGAAAUCCCAAAUCUACAAGACCAAAUAAAAAAAAAAAGUCAUUCCCCCCACUCCUUUAUACCAUCUCUUGGUGAAUUGUCCCUCCAUCUGGUGACAAAGCUCUAUCUGGGACUUUGCUGCAAGCUCUCAUCUCUUUUGGAACCACUCUCAGCAAAAAAAGAAAAGAACAAGAAGUCCUCUCAUGUGAAAAAGACAAGACUGCUGUGACCUUGCUAACUGCUCAUAUUCCCUAGGUAGCAGAGACACUUAAAUGAUGACUUGUGUGAAGACAGGGUUAUUUUUUCUCUUCAAGGGUAUGACACAGUGAAACGUAUCACCAAUGCAGUAAGAGCACAGGCACUUAGUAAACACUCAGACCACAUUACAAUCUAUAAAAUAGUAUCCAUUGUUCUGGAUGUGGUAGAACCAUAGGACAGGAGUCUACAAGAUAAGUGAAGUUUGGGGAAAAUGGCCUGUGAAUUUAAUCUAAACUUCCUUAAGGAAUUGGAACGAGAGGCUGUUCUGGAAGUCCUGUACCGUGACCAGAUGGUGAGAAAAACAGAGGAGGACAGAAUAAGGAAACUGAAACUGCAGCUGCAGCAGCUUCGGUGGAAAGGGGCAAGAAAUGUAAGCCAUGAAUACCAGGAGAGAUCUUGCGCUCGCUGUCAGAAAUCGCUUGGGUUAUUGAUGAACAGAGGUGCAGUAUGCAACGGGUGCAGUCAUCGCGUGUGCUCUGAAUGCCGUGUCUGCCUGAAUCCCUGCCUUUGGAAGUGCACCGUUUGUUACGCUCAUGGAGAUGUGAAGGUAAAGGCUGGUGAAUGGUUCUUUGAGGAACGAGCAAAGAAAUAUCCAGGUGAAGGCAGACAUGAAACAGUUGGUGCAAAGCUCUUGAAAUCUUAUCAGAAACUGAGUAAAAUUUCUGUCGUACCUCCAACUCCACCUCCUUUCACAGAAUCCACAGCAGGAAGCAACGUGACGGUAAAUGAACUCAGACAGUCUAAAAGUUUUAAUAAAUCUGUGGAAAACCUGUUUUUGUCUCUCACAACACAUAUCAAAAAAAUCUCGAAGUCCCAGAAUGAUAUGGCUGAUGGAUGUCUCCUAACCACAGAUUAUGGGCAUAAUGUGGAAAGAAGGAAGCAAAGAAGGAGCCAGUCUGACACUGCCAUCAACAUUACAAGCAGGGUUAAAAGUACACCCAGUCUUCAACAGCUCAUCACCGGUGCCCAAAAUGACAGUGAAUUUCUGACCAAAAGGAAUUGCAAGGAGGAAGAAGACAUAACAACUAGUCCCACAAGUGAUGCAGUUUUCUGUGAUGGCAGAAAACACGGAAGUUUGUAUAGUCUUAGCAGCACUUGCACUGAGUCUGGCAAUUUUGGCAAGGCUAACAUCACGGGAGAAAUAGAGUUUGCCAUAAGGUACAUCUUCAAAGCUUGUAUCUUAGAAGUUUGCAUCAGGGGAUGCAAGAACCUGGCUUAUGGAGAAGAGAAGGAGAAGAAGAGGAAGUGUAACCCGUAUGUUAAGGUUUAUUUACUUCCUGAUAAAUCUCCUCGGAGUAAGAGGAAGACAGCUGUCAAAAAGAGCACGGUGGAUCCAGUAUUCAAUGAGACUUUGAAGUACAAGAUUGAAUACUCACAGCUGGGAAGUCGGCAGCUUCAGAUCUCUGUGUGGCACGCAGGAGCGCUCAAAUACAGGGUGUUUUUAGGGGAAGUGCUGAUUCCACUGGCAGCAUGGAAUUUCGAAGAUAACAUGGUGCAGUUGUUCAACUGGUACCAGCUCAAACCCAAGCUUGAAAAGCCUGAAGAUGAUCUUAUCCAGUACAGCAGUGAACUCCUCGUGUCUGCAAGACUGUCAGUACCAGCCCAGUAUUCAAACUUCCAGUUUGAAGGAAAAAAAGACCAAGGAGUUCCUAACUGCCAGCUUCAGGUUAUGAUAGUUGGGGCCAAGAACUUGCCCACGCUGAGAGCUGCUGGAAUGACGAACUCGUUUGUUAAAGGUUGUCUUAUCCUUCCAGACCUAGCAGAGGUAAAGCGAAAGUCUCCUGUCCUGAAGAAAGAAGCCUGUCCCCAGUGGAAACACUUGUUUGUCUUUGAUGGGGUUACCCCAGCCCAGCUACAGCAAUCAUGUCUACACCUGACUGUCUGGGACCAGUCCACUUUCAGCUCAAGCGAUCAGUUCCUAGGAGGAGCCAAGCUUGGAGCAAAGGAGCCGCUUGGCUGUACAGACCUUGUUUCCCAGUCAGUGCUCCAAUGGCAGGAUGUGCUCCGCAGUCCAAACACGUGGAUGGACUUUACACUUGCGCUGCAUUCAAAUAAGGAAAACUUUAAGUCAUGAGAGGCUGCUGCACAAAAACUUUUCCUUCCCCACGUGGGAUGUUUUAAAUUUAAAUUCAAUUUUGGGUCUGGAGAAAUGUAUGCUGCACCAGUACCUACUCCAGCUUUUGGGGAAGAGUUAUGCAUUUGAAAGCAUGUGACAUUCUGAAGGUUUUAUUUCUCCAAAAGUUAAGGCUGUUUGUUACCUGUGUCUCUUGCUGGAGUGUAAUGCUGGCAUUGUUUCUUCAGGAGUUACAAACUCCAGUUGAAAUGCAGUAUGCUGACAAGACAACAGCAGCCAGAUGGUGUGCAGUUUUCCAUUUCUGGGUGCAGCAGAACUGUAGUUAUUUAAUUUAAAUCAGAGAUAGGAAUCCUUAUUAGAGAAAAGUAACUGUUACCUUAAAGUUACAUGCUUCCACUCCAAUCUUGAUGUUUUUAUACAUGUUCAGAGAGAAUUAAAAACUAGCUUAUCUUUAACUGCUUGCUGCAAAUUGGGUCAUGCUAACACCUCUGUGCUUCAGAAUUAUCUACAGUGCCAGUAUUGCUUCACAUGACCCAGGGCCUGGGGCCAUGGGCCUGUCAACUGCAUGCUGUAUCACGGUGCUGACAACCAGUUAAAUCUGUCAAUUCUCCCUCAGCAGGAGCAUGGGACAACGUAAACGUAGGUGUAGGAAGUUCCUUGUUCUCAUCAGCUUACGUGGCAGUAUUAACACCAUAUGGAUCAGACAGGACAGGAGUUUAGCUAAACUUCUCAUUCAUUCCUGUGAAGUAGAGGAAACACAAGCUUAAGGCCCAAGGACUGAGUCAGCUCCCUUUGCCUCAGAGAUGGUGUUUGCAGUCAGCAGAAGCUCCAUCCAUACAGCUGUAACUCAUGCUCCCCAGGACUGGGGUGAAGAUGGUCACACUAGACCUUACAGCAAGGAUUCUCCUUUCUUCCUUUCCAGGUCAAUGUGGCUUUUACAGAUUUAAGAGUUAAAGACAGGGGGAUUCACAUGCUAAGCUCGGGAACCAAGCACGCAGUAGCACACCUUACACAGAACGCACCCCACACGAGAAACGCUUGACUCCAAGUCCUUUGUUACUUUGCAGAUCUUUUAUUUAGAUGUUUGCUGCUGCAAAUAAAAAAACCACACAAGAUUCAACUCAAGUAUAAAGCAGCGUAGGUGUCGUAAAUGGAAGAGAAGAGCUGACAACAUACUGUAUCUCACUUUCUAACAGAUUUUCAAGGACAGGGGUAGGUUAGUGGGGAAGGAAUGGUCACAGAAAUGCUCUCUACUAGAGAGAAUACAACUGUGAUAUAAAGAAGCAGUCCCUUCAUCUUUGGAGUCUGAAACUUUAAAUCAAACAUUUAAAAAAAUUAGAAAAUUUGUUAGAAAAAUAGGUGCAGUAAAAUUGUAUAUAUUGGAUCACGUGUACAUAUAACAAUUUUCAUUAAGUAAAAAAGUGAUCUUUACAAAUAAUGCUUUGUAGCAAAUGAUCAGCUGCACUGUAUCAGACUACAGUGGUGUUUAGGCAUUUUUACAGAUGCAAGUCUUAUUAAAUCUGAAAAGUAACAAAAUAUACAGAGCAAAACUAUCUCCCUUUAAACUAGUAUUGCAUGUUUUAUAUAUAUAUAUAUAAAUACUACACUAUAACUGAUCAGUAAUGAAGCUGGAAUGCAAACACAGUAGCGUAUUAGAUUCCAGAGUAUUUGCCUAGUUGUUACACGAGGAGGGCAUCAGCAUCCCUGUGCCACACUUCUGAGCCAUCGCUGUGGAAUUUCUCCAGGGGAGAACAGCAACCAGAAGCAGCCUAAAUUCUACACAAAGUGGUUCUGAGGUGUUGUCAGUUCUUUUGGGGGGGGGGAGGUGGGCAUCAAGACCAAGACAAAAAACAGGGUGUAAAAAUAAAUGUGUGCGUCUGUACGCACCUACAUACCCGAUUGCUACAGCCUGUCUUCUCAACGGUUGGACUUUACACUGUAACUAGUAAUAACAAAGACAUAUGGCACAAAAUUCACCCACAGUUGCUUAUUUUUAGACCGAGCUGAAUCCAGCACCUGUGCAGGACACAUACCUUCAGCUAGAAGCGUGGCCUAUUCAAAUUUGUGUUGCUUAAAGAGAGAUGUGACAUAAGGCCUUUUGGCACUAGGCAAAGGCAUGAGCAAGUUACCAGGAUCAGUGGUACGGUGAGUUUUUAACUAUACCAAAUUUAAUAGAAGGUAUGGAAUAAAAGGGAGAUUCAAACACCUCAGGGUUGAGAGCACAUUUGUUAAGUGUCAUACAGUGACCCCUCCUCAGGGGGAAAAAAAAACCCAAAACAAAAAAACAACCAAA